GAGCAGCAGUCUGUCGGUGGCUUUGGAGCAGAGCAGUGACACUGUGAAUUCUCUCACCGCAUCUCAUCCUGAAUGGCAGGGGCUGGCGUUAUUCCCAUUUUGCCCGUGGAUGAGAAGCUGAGGCUCAGAGGGGUGGGACAGCGUAGCCACAGCCACUCGGUGGUUAAUGCCGGAGUCCACACACUUGCUGCUCUGAAAAAGUGCUUCUCAAAAAAGUACUUGCUGAAUCGAAUCAUAUUCUUCCUCGAAAAGGACAUAGGCCAGUCCGGCUUAGGACAUUCCUGCAGUUACGCGGUCACUUGGCAGCUGCUGUCCCAGCUCUCCUCCGGGAAGUGAGAAUGCGAUGCCCCGAGAGCCACUGAUUGCCACAGCGGUGAAGUUUCUACAGAAUUCCCGUGUCCGCCAGAGCCCGCUUGCGACCAGGAGAGCAUUCCUUAAGAAGAAAGGGCUGACGGACGAGGAGAUCGAUGUGGCCUUCCAGCAGUCGGGCACGGCCGCCGAGGAGCCUCCGUCCCUGGGCCCGGCCACACAGGUGCUUCCUGUCCAGCCCCCUCACCUCACUUCUCAGCCAUACAGCCCCGUGGGUUCCCGGUGGAGAGACUACAGUGCCUUGGCCAUCAUCAUGGCGGGAAUUGCUUUCGGCUUCCACCAGCUCUACAAGAAGUACCUGCUCCCCCUCAUCAUGGGCGGCCGGGAGGACAGGAAGCAACUGGAGCGGAUGGAGGCGAGUCUCUCGGAGCUGAGUGGCAGCGUGGCCCAGACAGUGACUCAGUUGCAGGUGACGCUAGCCUCCGUCCAGGAGCUGCUGGUUCAGCAGCAGCAGAAAGUCCAGGAGCUCACCCAUGAGCUGGCCACUGCCAAGGCCACCACAUCCACCAACUGGAUCCUGGAGUCCCAGAACCUCAGUGAGCUCAAGUCGGAAAUCAACUCCUUGAAAGGGCUGCUGUUGAAUCGGAGGCAGUUCCCACCCUCCCCGUCGGCCCCAAAGAUCCCCUCCUGGCAGAUCCCAGUCAAGUCGCCCUCGCCCUCCAGUCCUGCCACCGGGAACCCCCACAGCAGCAGCGACAUCUCGCCCGUCAGCAACGAGUCUGCUGCGUCCUCGCCCGUGAAGGAGGGGCACAGCCCCGAGGGCUCCGCCGCCACCUGCCACCUGCUGGGGCCCCAGGAGGAGGGCGCGGGGGUGGUGGAUGUCAAGGGCCAGGUGAGGAUGGAGGUGCAGGGCGAGGAGGAGGAGCGGGAGGACGAGGAGGACGAGGACGUGGGCCGCGUGGACGCAGAGGACUGCCGGGGGGUGCAGAGGGAGGACCGCCGGGGUGGGGACGGGCAGAUCAACGAGCAGGUGGAGAAGCUGCGGCGGCCGGAGGGCGCCAGCAACGAGCACGAGCGGGACUAGGCCCCGUGGCUCCCGGCCCCUGUGCGUGGGGCCGUGUUUCUGCCCACCCAGCCACUCUCACCUGCUCCUUCCUGAGCUCGGCUCCAGGCAGCCAGCCUUGACCUUGAUCGCAGGCUGAGGGCCCAGUCUCCUGGACUGAUGUCCCGUCCGGGUGUGUCUGCUGAGCAUCUUAGCUAACCCAGCAGCCAGCAUGACCAGAGGUAGCUCUGACCUGACUCCUGACCCUCUGAGGAGGAGGAGCUGCGCCGACCAGUGUCUGCUGCCCCACCUCCUCCCCUGCCCCACGGCUCCCAGUUCGCUUCUCUCCAGGGGCCUCAGGCUCUGGUUGUGCCCCCACAGCGCCUUUCUCUGGGGGAGGGCCUCCCGGGCCCCGCGGCCAGGCCCUGCCCGCCCAAUGCUGCCCUCCGCCUGUCCCAGCCCCACCAGGCCCUUUCAUCCUCCUGCACCAAUGAAGUCGCACUGCACUUGUGACUGUCACCUGCCGUCUCCCUCAGCGAGACAUGGCCGUCACUCCCGCAUGGGAGCCAGGCCUCGGGCCUUCCUGUCUGUCCUUCCCAACCAGGGACACAUGUCCCUCUGUGUGAUCAGGUAUAGGUUCAGAACGUGAGAAGCAGCUGUACAUAAUUGUAAUAAAGAUGAGUUGUCACUAUUUAA